GAGGGUAUAAUCCAAUAGAAUGGAAAUCUGAAGGAUGUUAUAGCGUUACUAAAGAUAGUUUUAUAUUUUCGUUUAAGAAUAUUGAUAGUAUUGAAAAUCAUAUUUUAAGCCGCGUAAAGGAUGAAACAAAAGCUUUAUAUAAUGGAAAUUAUGGUCCGUCAUUUGGUUAUUGUGACUUGCGUAUAUACUGCUCUGAAUAUACGGAUAAACUGGGAAUUUACUGUAAAAAAAUUUCUUACGAAGAACCGAUCACGGGAGCGAACCCUGUUAUUGAAAAAUAUGAAGUAUUCAGAAUUGUGAAAGCUUGAAGUAUAUUUUUAAACGCAACUUCUUUAUUGUUUAUU